AUGAUCAGCCGAUCCGCCAAACGAUUUCCCACACCUCACACUUUAUUCACUGUUUUAGCGAUCGUUUACGGCUGUGUGGAAUCUGUCCCGAAGCGUGGUCACGAGCCGUGGUCGGUGAUUUUAUGCAAAUUUCGGGACUCGAAUUUUGAGCCCCGUACCACUGGAUGGUUCAAGGAAUGGAUUGGGGGAAGGCAGAAUUCGGACUCGAUCGAGAACUAUUUCUACACGAUCUCGAAUGGGAUCUACUCGAUUGAGGGAUCCAAUGUGACUGAUUGGCUCAAGAUUCCCUUUUCGAGAAACAACAUCUUGCAGCAAUCCCUGGCUGACCCAAAACUCCAACUCACCAACGAGAAACCGUUUGCGCUCUAUGACAAGGCGAAAGAGGUGUGCAUCAAUUUCGCUAAAGAAAACGAUUUCGGAAUGCACCGGCAAAAGAUCACCGUCAUCAACCAGGAACAAACAGCCAUUUAUGGAAAGUCAAACGGUGUUCUGUUGACUCCAAAUUUGAUCUUCUCGUCGGUAUUGGCUCACGAAAUGGUUCAUUCAAUGAAUAUUGGACAUUCCUACAGUGAUCGCAAUAUACAGGUGUUCCCUUACGCGGAACGUGGUGAGUACGAUGACAAAUAUGAUCUGAUGUCCACAGCCAACGCGCACAUGAGACCGUCAACUUACGGGCUAGCUGGACCUGGCUUAAACGGUGCACAUCUAGACUAUCUCGGCUGGUUGCCGAUGAAUCGAGUCGUCUAUUUUGGACGUGAUGGACGUCAGAAUUACACUCUUCGCCUCUCUUCCCUCUCUGUGCCCCAUAAAAACACGAAUGGAUGGUUGCUAAUAUUGAUUCCCUACGAUCGAGAUGAUUCACAAAACGUGUUUACUGUCGAGUUUCGCACUCCAGACGCGCACGAUAAGGGAAUUGGACAACCAGGCGUCAUCAUUCAUCAAGUGCGCAAAAUCGGCGCCCAUUACUACUCAUUUCUGAUCACCCACGCACAACAAGAGUUCAACGAGUUAACAAUGGACACAGAAUGGGUCAAAUUCUUGCAUAUGAGUGCCAGUGGUGAGUCCCAAUAUGUGCACCUGCGUGUCGAGCGAAUCAAUCGGAAAUCCCGAUUCGCUGACGUCAAAGUCAUCUCAACGUUCUCGCCGCACACCUGCCUCCAAGGCGAGUUCUACAAGAAAAUCGCGCCCGACGAUCCGCUGAACAAAAAAAAAUUGGCUCACGUCUGUCUAAUCGGAAAUCGUCCAGUUUUCCCGAAACACCUAGAAAUGCAGCAGCGACGAGCGCGGUUUUUCGAGAAACGGCGAAGUUACGGACAAAACGAGUGCAUUGACGGGUACGAGUGGAGAGCGCUCGACGCCUACGAUUACGUUUGUGUACCGCAUAAGAGAGCCAAAGAGAUCCAAGUCAAACUCGAGAGGAAAAACGUUGAGAAAACAGCGGCCAAAGCGGAAGCCGUUUGUUCAGAGAGACUCGUAAAACGUUCCGCUUUCCCAAACGACAACCACUGUGUCCCCGAGAUCGAAAGGGCGCAAAUCGAGCAAGAAAACCGUGAAAGUUUGCAAUUUCUAAGGAAUCCCAACUUUUUCAACGGUGUUGACACAUUGAAUUUG